CCGAGACUUCAUUCGACGGCCAGUUCGCGCGCUAACAACACCUGGUCGGUGCUGCACACAGUUGACUGUCUUCUGUUUUUUUCUUUCCCACCGUACAGACGACACACAGUUAAAACAAUUUUUCGCCAUAUUUAAUCCAGUUGAACAACAUCGACAACGAUCGCUGUCUUUCUUUUUCUACACACAAAUCUAUUACUUUGAAAGCUCAAUCUUCAAAAGUGCAACCGCCAUUUGCUUGAAGGAACGAAUAUUCUAGAGAAAAGUUGUUUGAUAUCGACAUUUCGUGGCAAGGUUAUCUUUAACUACAAGAGGAAGAACGCAUCCAAACCGUCAUCAUGCUACGCCUAUUCAAGAACCCUCGAAAAGUCAUGGUGCAGAUGGGAGCUGCUGCCGCCGCUUCGUUGUCCUUCAUGAUCAUGGGCAUGGUGCGCGCUUGGUCCAGCCCUGGAAUGCCAUCGCUGUUGGAGUCGAAGGCAGUACCCCUGAGUGAAUCGGACGUUUCAUGGAUCAGCAGCAUACCCCCAUUGGCAUCUUUGGUCGGAAGCUUGCUUGCCGGACCUUGCCUGACCAUUUUGGGCAGAAGGCGGACAUUGAUGUUGAUCUCGAUCCCUUACAGCUUGGGAUUUUUGUUGAUUGGAUUUGCGUCGCACAGCUCUAUGCUGUACAUUGGCCGAAUCCUUGAUGGCGCCAUGAUUGGCUUUAGCGCACCUUCGGCCCAGAUUUUCAUUGGCGAAUGUGCGUCGCCUCGAGUCCGUGGAGCCCUGGGCGCUUUUACCGCAAUUUUUCUCUCUUUGGGUAUUCUGAUCACUUAUAUCAUUGGCGCUUUCGUUCCAUGGAACGUUUUGGCCUGGAUUUUGAGUGCUUUCCCUGCCCUGCUUUUCAUCGCCAUGUUCUUCAUGCCCGAAACGCCCACUUGGCUUCUGUCGAAGAAUCGAGAAGAUGAGGCCAGAAAAUCUUUGCAAUUUCUCCGCGGAGCGCACACUGACGUAACUGGGGAAUUUGAGCGCUUGAAGGCUAAUAUGGCGAAAGGAGCAAAUGCGCAACAAAUUCAGCCUAAAGACUUGCUGAAAGGAUCUGUCCUCAAGCCCCUAUUGCUCUCAAUGGCGCUCAUGUUGUUGCAGCAAUUUAGCGGAAUUAAUUCCAUAAUUUAUUUCACUGUCUUCAUCUUCCAGAAAGCCGGUAGCACCAUGGAUAAGAAUCUUGCAACUAUUAUCGUCGGUAUCGUCCAACUUUUGGCCACCAUUGCUUCCAUGUUUUUGGUUGAUAGAGCUGGCCGUCGUAUUCUUCUGCUCGUUUCGGGCAUUGUUAUGUCAAUUUCUCUGGCAGCAUUAGGUGCCUUCUUUUACAUGCUUGAAAUCUACGGUUCGGAUGUGCAGCUAACACUUGGAUGGCUUCCACUCGCCAGUCUGCUCCUGUUCAUUAUCGCCUACUCGAGCGGUUUCGCUAAUGUUCCUUUCCUCAUUAUGGGAGAGCUCUUCCCAGCUAAAUUCAGGAGUGUUUUGGGAUCUUUAGCUUCUUGUUUCAACUUGUUAUGCACAUUCACCAUCAUCCGAAGCUUCGGUGACAUGAACAAAACCAUGGGUGAAUACGGCACCUUCUGGUUUUACAUGUGUUGGUGCGUUGUGGGCAUCUUCUUCGUUUACUUCUUCCUGCCCGAGACCAAGGGCAAAUCGUUGGACGAGAUUGAGCGCAUGUUCGCCAAUAAGAAGAAGCAGCAGCUGUAUGCGGCUAGUGCCGAGACGGCAAUUGGUACAGUAGUUGACAAGAAUGAUGUGUUUACUGUCGAAACCAUUCCUCGUGCGCACAUCGAUGAAAGACUAUCACAAUCGCACUCAAAUGACGGGUACGAUUUAGACAGCGACGAAGAAGAUAAUGGAGAGGUGGUGGCAACUCCACUCUAAAUGAAUCGUUUCAACAAUAAUGAUCGAAGCCGUCCUGGCAAAAUAAUUUUAUCGAGAUUGAUUUUGUAUAUUUUUAAAUCGUCAACGAGAGUGUAUUUUUUUAAAUUACCGUUGACGGGUGUUUCGAAUGCACGUAUUGUCGCCAAAUGGUGCACAUGUUUUGGGUUGCUAAACAUCUAUUUGGCAGUAUGAAAACAAUGGGAACAACUUUCCUUUCACCAGUUAAUUUAGAAUGUGUAAAUGCUAAAACAAUGUUACUGAAAAUGUCCAACUGUAGCCAUAGUUAAACCUUAUAAGUUUGAACACUAGUAUUCAUGUACAUAGUAUAAAUGCCAAUUUUCUUGAAUUAUAUCAAGGAACUGUAAUUAAAUACAAAGAAGUACAAAAUUUACAA